CUGAUCACUGAUCACUGUCUGUGUGAGUCCCCACAUGAGAAUGGACAUCGCCACAGUAAAUGCUCUCCCUUACGAGGAUUUUGUGAAUAUUUUUGGCAAUGUGGUGGAGAAAUGUCCCAUUGUAACAGCUGCUGUGUGGUCGGCACGUCCCUUUUUAAACUUUGCUGCUCUGGAAGGUGCAAUCAGGGACUUCAUUGAUGCUCUCCCAGAAUCAGGUAAAGAGGGGAUCCUCAGGUGUCACCCGGACCUCGCAGGUAGAGACCUCCAGAGCGGUACCUUGACCCAGGAGUCGCGCGAAGAGCAGGCCGGAGCCGGGAUGGACGCGCUGAGCUCCGCGGAAGCCUCGAGCAUGACCCGGCUCAACGCGGACUACAAGGCGCGCUUCGGGUUCCCGUUCGUCGUCUGCGCCCGGAUGAGCGACAAGGCGAACAUUUUACGGCAGCUGGCGGAGCGCUGCAAGAACGAGCGCGCGGUGGAGAGGGCGCGCGGCAUAGAGGAGGUGAAGAAGAUAUGUCACCUGCGUCUCCUAGGCCUCGUGCUCACUGACGCUCCUAACAAGUUAUGAACCUGAAGUUUACAUUGUGCCAGUUUAAUCACCCGGAUGUUUAAGAAAGUGCCAUUGUUCUCAGGCUGUGUGACAUCUGAUUUAUUCCAAAAUUAUUAAGUGUGUUAUUAAUGCAUCGUCCUGUACAAUUAUUUAUUCAAACAAUAAAAUU